AUGGAGGUUGUAGUGGCAAAGAUCCUCUGCAUAGUUCUGGUGUUUGGCCUGAUGUUAGGAGGUAUUCUGAUCCCUGUGAGGGUGAUGCAGUCAGACCUCGACAAGACCGUCCAGUACAGAAAGGCGAUUUCAUUCAGUAACUCGUUUGGAGGCGGUGUGUUUUUGGCUACUUGCUUUAAUGCACUUCUACCUGCUGUACGAGAUAAGAUGGGAGAAGUUAUGAAAUCGCUUAAUAUCACAGUUGACUACCCGUUGGCUGAGACCAUGAUGAUGCUUGGAUUUUUCCUCACUGUAUUUGUCGAGCAGGCUGUUCUGACCUUCCGAAAGGAGAAGCCUCCCUUUAUCGACCUGGAGACUUUUAAUGCAGGUGGCUCAGAAGCAGGCAGCGACUCUGAGUACGAUACUCCUUUUAUUGCCCCGACACGAAGCUCGCAUCAUUCACACCGGCACGCGCAUCACCACGGACACUUUAACCCCACAGACCUGACGCGAGCUGGACCGCUGAGGCUUGCAAGCCUUGUUCUAGCCCUCUCUGCUCAUUCUAUUUUUGAGGGGCUCGCCCUUGGGCUUCAGGAUGAUGGUGCUAAGUUAGGAAGCCUUUUCAUUGGAGUAGCAAUCCAUGAGACCCUGGCAGCUGUGGCCUUAGGAGUCAGUGUGGCCAAAGCUGGACUGCAUAUUCGGGACGCAUGCAAGCUGGCCAUCACGGUCAGUCUCAUGAUUCCAAUUGGAAUCGGCCUUGGAAUGGGCAUCGAGACUGCCAAAAACCUGGCUGGAAAUAUUAUUUCUGUGGUGCUUCAAGGUCUAGCAGCAGGCACGUUUCUGUUCAUUACUUUCUUUGAAAUCCUCUCCCGAGAGCUGGAGGACAAGCACGAUCGGCUUCUGAAGGUGUUUUUCCUCGUUUUGGGGUAUGGUGUGCUGGCUGGACUGGUCUUCGUUAAAUGGUGAUGGAUCUGUUCAGCCUGGAAAACAGGAUUUGUGUUUAGUGACUGGUGCUUCCUAAAAUAUAGAAAUGUAUUCUAACCAGAAAGCUUCUACUACAUAAAAUCUGAGUUUUCCGGUGCUCUGCUCCUUUCCAAAAACUUGAUUGGCUUAUUUUAAACUACAUAGAAGGAAGAUAGGAAGUGAAGGGAAGGGAUGAAUUAAUGGAUAAGCGAGCGAGUGUGUGUGGGGGUAUCUGAGUGAAUUUUACAUGUGAUAAAUGAACCCUGUGUCCAAGGUGUUUGCCUUGUGAAGUGUUUUCAGGUUCCACUUUCAGAAAUCUGAUCAGUAUGAAAAUAAUACAUUUUUUAAAUUUAUUUUAAUGUGAAGACUCUGGAUACAAAAGAACAUUAGAGUUUG